GUUCACAAAACACUGACUCUGUUGUCAUUAUGUAAAGAUUGAAAAAUCUUUGAUUUGCUGGGUUUGUUUUUUGUUACAUUCGUACCGUUGUCAAUUCGAACCAUUUCCGAUUCGGUCCUUAUAUUUAAUAAUUAUUGUCUGUACGACUCAGAGUGUAAUUCACAUUUGUUCAAGGAUCAUUUGUGAUCCAUUGAUGAAAUGGAUAGACAAUGUUUAUGUUAGACAUAUUGUAUCUAUAUAUAAGAGGGUGCUGGUCCAAGGCCAGUCAUCUGAAGAAGCCCCAGACCCAGUCGUAAGAGGCAUCCCUCAGGGCUCAGUACUGGGACAGCUUUUGUUCCUCAUAUUAAUAAAUGACCUUCCAGAGAGACUACUCUCAAAGAUAUGAAUAUUUGCAGACGACUGCAUCCUAUAUCUCCAGAUCAAGUCCAUCCAUGACCAGCAGCUGCUUCAAGCUAACCUGCAAUUCUCUAGCCAGGUGGGAACACUUGUAGGGCACGGACUUUCACCCUCAGAAAUGCAGCGUCCUGCGAGUAACCAGGGUGAAAUCUCCUCUUCAGACCAACUAUAUCCUGAAAGCUAUGUUCCGAGGUUUCCAGUGCCAGGUGAAACACUACAAGGUACCAAGUUUUCAAUGGGUUUUGGUGGUAAGGGAGCUAACCAGUGUGUGAUGACUGCCAAACUUGGUGCUAAAUCUGCAAUGAUAUCAAAGGUUGGUAAAGACACUUUUGGAGAUGGUCAUAUUAAAAAUUUCAAAGAUGUUGGCAUUUGUACAGACUAUGUUUACACAACAACCGAGGCAUCAACAGGGGCGGCACCAAUAUGCGUCAAUGAAAGUGGUCAGAACUCUAUUGUGAUUAUACCUGGAGCUAACUUGUUGCUUGAUGAACAUGACCUUGUCAGUGCUGAAAAGGUCAUUUCAGGGUCAAAGGUCAUGUUGUGUCAACUGGAAAUCAAUCCAAAAAUAACUUUAGAAGCAUUAAAAAUGGGAAGAAAACAUGGUGUUCAGACAAUACUGAAUCCUGCACCAGCUAUUCCUCUAGACAAAGAGUUUUACAGUUACACAGAUGUUUUAUGUCCUAAUGAAUCUGAGGCAGAAUUAUUACUAGGAAUUCCAGUAAAAACAAUUGAUGAUGCCAAAUUAGCAGCCAGGAAGUUACAUGAUGUUGGAUGUAGAGACGUUAUUGUUACCCUCGGUGAAAUGGGUUGUGUUGUGAUGGAGGGCAAUACCAGCAAUGUUGUUCAUUUACCUGCACCGAAAGUAGAGGCUCUAGACACUACAGGAGCAGGUGAUUCAUUUAUAGGCAGUCUAGCAUAUUUCUUAGCUACCCGACCAGAGCUUGGCCUUGUGGAAUCUGCUAGACGAGCUAUACAGAUAGCAUCAGUAAGUGUUCAGCAUGCCGGGACUCAGACCAGUUAUCCUACAAAAAGCCAGCUACCGGCAGAAUUGUUUUCAUGAUAGGAGAACCAGUAUUUUUUAAUAAGAUGAAAUAUGUAGUGUCUUGUAAAGGAAUAGAGACUGUAACACUGUGAAUAAAUGAUAAUAAAAGAUGGUUGUAGUAAAUAGUUAAAGACUAGUCAGUGAAUACCUCUUUAAUUGGGAAGUAUACAGUGAUGUUAUCACUAAUUGGCUGUCAAUGGUUGGUUUUAGGGGCGGGGAGAGGGGGGUUAAACUUACAUAUACAUGUUGUUAUGUUUAUCAACUGUUAAAUACUUUUUUGAACAAAACUUGAUGAGGCAUAAAUGAAGCAGUUUGACUGUUUUAUCUCUGUCAUUAAAAUGAGAAUAUUCCAUGAUAUAUUAUAUGGAGGUUUAACAUGAUAUUUCAUGAAUUAUGAUACUUUGUGCUGUGAUGAACAUACAUGCAAAUUUUUAGAAGGAGUCUUAACCUAAGUUAUAAUUUUGAAUGUUUUUUCCUGAUAGAUUAUACAUGUAUAUUUUAAAAAAAUGAAAAUUUAACAUUUAAUUUAUGCAUGUUUUCUUUCAAAAUCUUCAUACACAAAUGUCAUGGACCAUAUAUAUUGUUUGUUAAUAUUAAGAUAUUCAGUGUAUUUUUUUUACAUAUCAAUAUUUGUAAGUAUAUAAUACUGCUGGUUUGUAACAUCAGUUUUCAUUGGACAUUUUCAUUGUUAUGAUAAUUUUAUUUAUAUUUGCUGCAGAAAAUAUUUUAUUCAAUUUAGCAGACCGUAAAUAAAGAUUACAGAUUUUA